GUGCCGCCGCCGCCGCCAUGCUGGAGGAGGCGGGCGAGGAGGUGCUGGGCUCGGUGCUGCUGAAGGCCUCGUGCCUGCCGCUCAGCUUCCUGCUGGUGCUGCCCGCCGUGCUGCUGCUGCUGCUGGGCCCGCCGCCCGCCUCGGCCGCCCACGAGUUCACCGUCUACCGCAUGCAGCAGUACGAGCUGGGCGGGCAGCCCUACGGCACAAGGAACGCUGUGCUGAACACCGAGGCGCGCACGGUGGAAGCGGAUGUGCUGAGUCGGCGCUGCGUGAUGAUGAGGCUAAUGGACUUCUCCUACGAGCAAUACCAGAAGGCCCUCCGCCAGUCAGCCGGCGCCGUGGUGAUCAUCCUGCCGCAGAGCAUGUCAUCGGUGCCUCAGGAUGUUAUCCGGCAAUUCAUGGAGACAGAGCCUGAAAUGCUGGCCAUGGAGACCAUCGUGCCGGUCUACUUCGCCGAGGAAGACGACGAGCUGCUCUCCAUCUACGACCAAACACAGGCGGCUUCUGCAUCGCAAGGCUUGGCCUCUGCUGCUGAAGUCCUCUUGCACACAGCCACUGCCAACGGCUUCCAGAUGGUGACCAGCGGUGCCCAGAGCAAAGCCAUCAGUGACUGGCAGAUCACCAGCGUGGAGGGGCGGUUGACCGGCCUGGGAGGAGAGGACCUGCCUACGAUCGUGAUAGUGGCCCAUUACGAUUCUUUCGGUGUUGCCCCGUGGCUCUCCCAUGGCGCCGACUCCAACGGCAGUGGAGUCGCGAUGCUCUUAGAACUGGCCAGGCUGUUUUCUCGCCUCUACACCUACAAACGGACCCAUGCCGGGUAUAAUUUGCUGUUCUUUGCAUCCGGAGGUGGCAAGUUCAACUACCAAGGGACAAAGAGGUGGUUGGAAGACAACUUGGAUCACACAGAUUCCAGCUUGCUGCAGGACAACGUGGCUUUUGUCCUCUGCUUGGACACUUUGGGCCGAGGGAACAGUCUCCACCUGCACGUCUCAAAACCUCCUAAGGAGGGGACCCUUCAGCAUGCUUUCCUGAAGGAGCUGGAACUGGUAGUUGCCAGCCAGUUCCCCGAAGUGAAGUUCUCCAUGGUACACAAGAAGAUCAACCUGGCCGAAGACAUGCUGGCCUGGGAGCACGAGCGCUUCGCCAUCCGCCGACUGCCGGCCUUCACGGUCUCCCUCCUGGAGAGCCACCGAGACGGCCCGCGCAACAGCAUCAUGGACGUGAGGUCAGCCGCUGGGGCACGGGUAGACUCCAGAGUCCUCACCCGCAACACCCGGAUCGUGGUCGAGGCCCUGACAAGGGUGAUCUACAACCUCACAGAAAAGGGGGUUCCUGCCGACCUCCAAGUCUUCACAGAGCAGAUGCAGAUCCAGCAGGAGCAGAUGGUGUCGGUGAUGGCCUGGCUCACCAGCCAGCCGAGGGCCGCCCAGCUGGUUGACAAGGAGAGCACCUUCAUUAGCACCCUGGAAUACUACCUGAGCCGAUACUUGAAAGACGUCAAGCAGCACCACGUCAAGGCUGACAAGCGGGACCCAGAGUUCGUGUUCUACGACCAGCUCAAGCAAGUGAUGAACGCAUACAGGGUCAAGCCUGCCAUCUUUGACCUUCUCCUGGCUCUCUGCAUAGCAGCCUACCUCGGCGUGGCCUACGUUGCAGUCCAGCAUUUUGGCCUCCUUUACAAGCUGGUGCAGAGGCUGUCCCUCAAGUCCAAGCAGCAGUGACUGGACCU